UUAUCGACAAGAGUGCGAAUACGCACGUAUACACACUCAGAUAGUGAUAUUUCCAACCCAGUUUAUACACCCAGGCUGAAAAGUACAUCAUUGUACCACACACACGCAAAUAGAGUUCUUUUCAACGUCAGAUUUAUGCACACAGUAUCACAUCCACUUUUACUUUACAGUCCUAGCAUACCUCUCUGCCCCCCACACAUACACAAUAUCUUCGACGGUCCGAGUGUUAGUAAGGUGCGCAACAUGUCCUCAACACCAACUGCGGGCGACCAAGGGUCAGCUGGAUCAAACGAAAAGUCUGAGAUGGAUUGGCAACGACACACGCCACAAGAGGGUCACUCACACCCGAAGAGGUAUCGAGAUGCGAAUACGAAAAGAGCGUAUAGCGAUACGAGAGAAGCGUAUAAUAAUGGUGUGAGAUCCGCUCAAUCUUCAAACUAUGGGCAGCGAGGUGGGCGCGAUCAUGAGAGUUCUGCAACUGAAUCGUAUCACACCCAUGGAAGAGGAGUGUACAGUGGUAGUGGUCGAGGGAGCUACCAAGGUGGUGGGAGUGGAUAUAGUGGCAAUGGACGGGUGAGUGCUGGUAGAGAAUAUAGGUCAAGCGGAAACCGGCCGUCGUACAAUGGGAAGAGUCAAUUGGGCUGCAUACCUCGGCAAGAUUUCAGUAAACUGCCUUUUACCGGACGCGUGACUGAAAUUCUGUCCGAGAUCGAUAGCGGCCGUGAUAUUUCGGAUGUUAAGGUGAUGACUUACAACAUACUCGGGGACAAGCUCAUGAAGGCGCACGCCAAUCUGUACGCGCGAACCGAUACACGCGUGCUAAAAUGGGACUACCGAUUUCCCCGAAUAUUAAAUGAGAUCAAAGACAAUGCCCCGGACGUGCUGUGCCUUCAAGAGGUAGAGUGUUUCGCCGAGUUCGAGAAUGCGCUGCAGAUAGAAGGAUACGCGGGCAUGUAUCAGUCACGCACUGGCGACAAGACCGACGGGUUGGCAUUUUUCUAUAAAACAGAUAAAUUCCAGCUACUAUCACACAAGAAAGUGCGGUUCCGGGCGACAGAGGAGAAGGACGCAUUGAUGACGCGUGACAACGUGGCGAUAGUGGCCGCCUUACAACUGCUCAAGCCCAGCGGAAAGAGGGUGUGUAUAGCCACAACACACUUGCUCUUCAAUCCAAAACGUGGGGAUGUCAAAUUAGGACAGAUAGCGAUGCUUUUCGCGGAGAUCGAUAGGAUAGCCAAGUCUGAUGCUGUGAAUCCCAUACCCGUGGUGGUGUGUGGUGAUUUCAAUUUCAGGCCGAGCGCGCAGCUGUUCAAAUUCAUACUUGAUGGAACUAUCACGCUGGACACUGCUCACAACGCAAAGAUGCUAGGGAUGCCGGCCUCGCAAGUCAGAGCAUUGGAUGCAGAACACAAGAGUACGCAUGCGGGGAACAAGCAGCAACGGAAAGCAGCGGCGAUGCGCAAUGAACCAUUCGCCUUCCCACCACCAGAACUGAGUCAUAUGGAUAUGGACUGUAGGUAUAGGGAUGUUGCUCAGACGAGUACUGAGGGGAUGCAAGGAGUGAAUGGGCAACCCAGGACUGUGGGUGGAGCACGAGCACAGACGCCCAAGAACGCUAGCCCAACUACGUUUGCACACCAACUCGACUUGGCAGCUGCAUAUAACACCCACGAAGCGAAUGGGAAUGAGGUGGCCACCACAUAUCACAUGGGCCAGAAAGGGGGUGUCAAAGUCGACUAUAUGUUCUACACUCAAGAAUUGUUAACUCUCGUCGAGCGGCUGUCAUGUGCCCCCAGCGCCGAGGUAAAAGCCUUUAACGGUUUACCCAAUUUACACCAGCCGUCUGAUCACCAGUCACUCGUAUGCCGCUUCGCAAUAAAUUCAUAGAUUGAUGUAUAAUACCAGUGAAACUGAAUUCAGUAUAAUUCCUACUUGAUGAAAUCAAUGGGAGGUAGAUUCUUUCAAUAUAUCGUUGGGUUGUGUACACAAUAUUCGAGGGCCCGGAGAUUAUGGGUAACCAGUCCACACACAAGUUGGCGUACACAUUGAUGCUCAUGCAAAGCAAUAUAAACAUGGCAAAUGG